AUGUCCGAUCUAUCAGCGAGCAACGAUGAAGGUAUCACUGCGUUGCAUAAUGCGAUUUGUGCAGGUCACUACGAGAUCGUUCGAUUUCUUGUUGAGUCUGCUGCGGAUGUUAAUGCUCAAGAUUCUGAUGGGUGGACACCGUUGCAUUGUGCUGCGUCGUGUAAUAAUCUACCAAUGGUGAAGUUGUUGGUGGAAAAUGGUGCGUGUGUGUUCGCGCAGACACUUUCCGAUUUGGAGACACCGGCGGAAAAGUGUGAGGAAGAUGAGGACGGUUACGAGGGUUGCCAACUCUACUUGCAGUCGGCUCACACAAAUGCGGGUUUGGUGAAUGAAGGCAAGGUGAGCGAGAGAUUAGCGACUGUUAACGAAUUUUUAUUUCAAGUCACCAUUCACAGAACUUUCAUCUGA